CAGAGGCAGAGACGGCGACUGGUGGCGACCCUGGGGCCCAGGGGGACGGGGUCUUGAUGGGCGUGGAGAUUGAGACCAUCUCCCCAGGAGAUGGAAGGACAUUUCCCAAGAAGGGCCAGACCUGUGUGGUGCACUACACAGGAAUGCUCCAGAAUGGGAAGAAAUUUGAUUCCUCCAGAGAUCGAAACAAGCCUUUCAGGUUCAAAAUUGGCAGGCAAGAAGUGAUCAAGGGCUUCGAAGAAGGCACGGCCCAGAUGAGCCUGGGUCAGAGGGCGAAGCUGACCUGCACCCCAGACAUGGCAUAUGGAGCCACGGGGCACCCUGGAGUCAUCCCUGCCAAUGCCACCCUCAUCUUUGACGUGGAGCUGCUCAGGUUAGAGUGAGCGCCACCACCACUGCCGCUGCUGCUCAUGCGCCAUCUCCCUUCUUUCCCGGGAGGGUCCCCAGUCCCCAGUCCCCAGUGCUUCCCAUUCCAAGCGCUCAUGCCAGCGAUGCCUGCCUUCAUUCUUGUUGUGUGUAUGUGUGCGUGCGUGUGUCCAGUUCUGUGCUGACAAGUUUCGGGAACAUUCUCAAACUGGACAUUUUCUUUAACUUGCAUGUGAUAGCAUUUGAGAUCACCCCCCCACCCCACCUUGCCCCUACACGUGUGCACACUUGUGUGUGCUUUUUAUUUAUGAAGCAAAAAGUCUGCACUGCCUUACUUGUCCACUGACCCCAGGAGCUGCUAGUACUCAAGAGAUGUGCACAAGCCAGGCCCGCAAGCCCACCCACCCGCCAGCGAUCCUGCCUGGUCCUUGCUGCUAAUCUGAACAGUCCUUCUGAAAUUAAGACAUAUGCAAAAUAAAGGCUCAGUCCAAGCCCA